AUGUCCACCCCAAAUAAAACCUCGAGGCUUUGUUUGGAAAUCCAGGAUCUCUACUACUUGACGGGCUUUUACACCAUUGGCGAUAGCGCCCCACAAGCCUUGGUUGUUCCAUUGGAAGAGCCGCCCUUCCUGGUGGCGCGGCUCAUCGAGUGUGAUCUGGUGCCAAAGCUCUCCUGGGUACCCAAGGUCUUUACCUGCCCUGACAAAGCGAGCAUUCUGGAAGUCUUUUACUAUGCCACCACCGCAGCGAGUGUGCCAGAGGGCCGUGUGGGGCUGCCGCUGCAGUCGAUCUCGGCGCAGCAUUUCUUCCACCUGCAGAAGUUCUUCCAGAAAUUCGAGACCGAGUUGCUGGACGCCAGCAAGACGGUGGAGCGCGUCCGCCUGGUGAAAUCGACCUUCGAGCAGGCGCAGAUCGUGGCGGCCGCGCGAAUCUCCGAGGCCGCGCUGCUCAGUGGUCUCCAGCUCAUUCAGCCAGGGGUUCUCCUCAGCACCCUUCACAAGCAGAGCUAUGAGACCCUCAUGUCCCUUGGGAGCGAGGUGCCAGGCUAUGUGCCCAUCGUACGAAGCACCGAUCCGAGUGGCCACGGCUCCUGGAUGGUUGGAGAGGAGUGCACCUCGGGGAACCUGGUCUUCUUGGAGUUGUCGGCCUGUCGCUUGGGCCAUCACGCACCCUUGAUGCGGACCGCGUACAUUCUCAAGCCGGAGGAACAUGAAGCGCCUGCUUGGCUCAAAGAAGCGGAGGAGCUCAUCCAGAAGACCUUUGAGGUGUGCUUGCCGCUGAUGCUUCCGGGUGCCAAAGCCAAGGACAUCGACGCGGUGGGCCGUGAGAUCAUGACCAACAACCUGCACGGCCUCUCGAUGUCGGCGUCCCUUGGAGAAGGACCCAUUUCGACAGCGAGGCGUUUGGCCUAUUCCACUGGCUCCACCUCAACUCAGCCAUCUGGGCAUGCCGGCUGGGGCGAUGCAGAUUUCUCGCUGGUGGGGCACAACGAGGGCGAGCUCCAGGCCGGGAUGGUCUUCCACUUCAUCCCUUGGUUUCAGAAGUACGACGUUCCCAGUGGCCCCAUCGGCCUCUCUGACACGGUCAUCGUCACCGAUGAGGGCGGACGACGCGUGGGGCGGAUGCCCUUGACGAUCACCGUACUGGACGCGGAGGGGCGAGAAGUGAAGAAGUGA